AAAUAAAUCCAGUCAGUUAUAGAAGAUCAGGAGGUGGUAUCCACGGAUUAAUGUGUAGAGCUUGUGAUAGCUAAUAAUUACCCAAAAAAAAAAAAGAAUAUUUUAAGAAAAAAUAGAUUUCAAGUGCAGAUUCGCAUCCGCGUUUUCUUCUUCCACUCUCUCUCACGCACUCUCUCGCUGUCCUCUGUGUCGUUUCUCUGCUUUUUUAGGGUUUCAAAUCGCCGUUUCCCUCGUCGGGAAUAUCCUUUCUUGCAGGUACAAUAUGGCAAUGGAAGUUACCCAGGUGCUUUUGAAUGCACAAUCGAUAGAUGGAAAUGUGCGUAAACAUGCAGAAGAAAGCUUAAAACAGUUCCAGGAGCAAAAUCUCUCUAGUUUUUUGCUAUCACUCUCUAGUGAGCUUGCAAAUGAUGAGAAAUCUGUAGAUAGCCGCAAAUUAGGUGGUUUAAUACUUAAAAAUGCAUUGGAUGCCAAGGAACAACAUAGAAAGCUUGAGCUUGUUCAAAGAUGGUUGUCACUGGCUAACAAUGUAAAAAGCCAAAUCAAGGCAUGUUUGUUAAAGACUCUUUCUUCUCCUGUUGCUGAUGCUCGGUCAACUGCUUCUCAAGUAAUUGCCAAGAUUGCAGGUAUUGAAUUACCUCAUAAACAAUGGCCUGAGCUGAUAGGAUCGCUUUUAUCAAAUAUUCACCAGCUACCUGGACAUGUCAGGCAAGCCACUUUAGAGACUCUUGGAUAUUUGUGUGAGGAAGUCUCUUCUGAUGUUGUAGAUCAAGAUCAAGUGAAUAAAAUUCUUACAGCUGUUGUUCAGGGUAUGAAUGCAUCUGAAGGAAACAAUGAUGUUAGGCUUGCGGCAACUCGGGCACUGUACAAUGCACUAGGCUUUGCACAAGCAAAUUUUACCAAUGAUAUGGAGCGUGAUUAUAUCAUGAGAGUUAUCUGUGAGGCAACAUUGUGUCCAGAAGUGAAGAUACGGCAGGCUGCUUUUGAGUGUUUGGUCUCUAUUUCAUCAUCUUACUAUGAGAAAUUAGCUCCUUAUAUCCAGGACAUCUUUAGCAUCACAGCUAAGGCUGUGAGGGAAGAUGAGGAACCUGUGGCUCUUCAAGCAAUUGAGUUUUGGAGUUCAAUUUGUGAUGAGGAGAUUGACAUAUUGGAAGAAUAUGGAGGUGAUUUCACUGGAGACUCUGAUAUUCCUUGCUUUUAUUUUAUUAAGCAGGCACUCCCUGCUCUUGUUCCAAUGCUGUUGGAGACACUCCUAAAGCAAGAGGAGGAUCAGGAUCAGGACGAAGGGGCUUGGAACAUUGCAAUGGCUGGAGGUACAUGUCUUGGUUUGGUUGCACGAACUGUGGGAGAUGAUAUUGUUCCACUUGUCAUGCCAUUUAUUGAAGAAAAUAUUACAAAACCAGAUUGGAGGCAGAGAGAGGCAGCAACUUAUGCCUUUGGCUCGAUAUUGGAAGGUCCUUCCCCUGACAAGUUAAUCCCUAUUGUUAAUGUUGCCUUGAAUUUCAUGCUCAGUGCUUUGACAAAGGAUCCAAAUAACCAUGUCAAGGACACUACUGCAUGGACCCUUGGACGGAUCUUUGAAUUUCUUCAUGGCUCAACCAUGGAUGCACCCAUAAUUACUCAGGCAAAUUGCCAACAGAUCAUCACUGUACUGCUUCAGAGCAUGAAAGAUGCUUCAAAUGUAGCAGAGAAGGCAUGUGGUGCCCUUUAUUUUCUUGCCCAGGGUUAUGAAGAGGUGGGCCCAUCAUCUCCUCUGACUCCAUACUUCCAGGAAAUUGUUCAGGCACUUCUCACUGUUACUCAUAGAGAGGAUGCUGGGGAAUCUCGGCUGAGGACUGCUGCUUAUGAAACAUUAAAUGAAGUGGUGAGGUGCUCAACCGAUGAAACAGCACCCAUGGUUUUGCAAUUAGUCCCUGUAAUUAUGAUGGAGCUUCAUAAUACUCUUGAGGGCCAGAAGCUCUCAUCUGAUGAGAGAGAGAAGCAAAGUGAAUUACAAGGACUUCUAUGUGGAUGUUUACAGGUUAUAAUUCAGAAGCUGGGGUCAUCAGAGCCAACCAAGUAUGUGUUCAUGCAGUAUGCAGAUCAGAUAAUGGGACUCUUCCUGAGGAUUUUUGCUUGUAGAAGUGCUGCCAUGCAUGAGGAGGCUAUGCUUGCCAUUGGAUCCCUUGCCUAUGCAAUGGGCCUGGAUUUUGCAAAAUAUAUGCUGGAGUUUUAUAAGUAUUUGGAGAUGGGUCUUCAAAAUUUUGAGGAGUACCAAGUUUGUGCUGUCACAGUUGGUGUUGUCGGUGAUAUUUGCAGGGCAUUGGAGGAUAAAAUUUUGCCAUAUUGUGAUGGGAUUAUGACACAGCUUCUCAAAGAUUUAUCAAGCAGCCAGUUGCACAGGUCUGUGAAGCCUCCCAUUUUCUCAUGCUUUGGUGACAUUGCACUAGCUAUAGGUGAGAAUUUUGAGAAGUACUUGAUGUAUGCGAUGCCCAUGCUCCAAAGUGCUGCAGAUUUAUCUGCCCAUACAGCUGGUGCUGAUGAUGAAAUGACUGAGUACGCAAAUUCAUUGAGAAAUGGGAUUUUGGAGGCGUAUUCAGGGAUUCUUCAAGGGUUUAAGAACUCUCCUAAAACUCAGCUUUUGAUUCCUUAUGCACCACACAUCCUUCAGUUCUUGGAUAGUAUAUAUAUGGAGAAGGAUAUGGAUGAUGUAGUAAUGAAAACUGCCAUUGGGGUCCUUGGAGAUUUAGCAGAUACAUUGGGAAGCAAUGCUGGUUCUUUAAUACAGCAGUCUCUUUCUAGCAAAGACUUUUUAAAUGAAUGUUUGUCUUCUGAAGACCAUAUGAUUAAGGAAUCUGCUGAAUGGGCCAAGUUGGCCAUAAGUCGUGCCAUUUCUGUUUGAAGUUGUUGCGAUUUGGCAUGCUCUUUCCUUUUACAAGUCCCUGCAUACAUUUGGGUGUAUUGAGUCGGGGUCCAUGGUUGCAUCUGUGUCAUGUCAUCUGCCAUUUUUGGAUAACAAAGUUAUCAGUCUUCAGGUUGUCACUAACUCUUGCAUCAGCACCAUAGGGUUGGGAAUUGGGUAGUGAUUACUUUGUGGAUGUAGGUGAAGGCAUGUGUUAAAAGCUCCAGGGAAUAUCAGUUAGAGCUCAGAAUUGGGUCAAGCGAGGGGGAGAUAAUUUUUAUUUGCUGAAUAUACAAGUAAGGAAGCAUCUUGUCAUUUGCUAUUUAUUGAUCUUUGUCAUGUUUGAGACCUGUCAUGCUGUUCUGGUGGUAAUCUCGAAGGUUUUUGAAGUUGAUUACUGCAGUGAUAGGUUGAAGUUUAGUGACACUUGAAGAUGAAACAUGUGCCACAUUUACCACAUUUCAUUCCUGAUUUUGUGCCCCCUUUUUUUUUUUUGGGUCUUUUCUAUCAUUCAUUUCAUAUAAUUUCAUCAUGUCUGUCAUGGUCGGGCUGUACUUUUAACUGCUGCACUUUUGGUAUACUUGGUUGGGGGGCCUUUAACAUAUAUUAUUGAGGGUAUUGCAUCCUGCAUUGCAUUUUUUAUUUUUAUUUUUUAAUGUUUUUAUAGGUCUCAAGUCAGUAACAUACCUUGCAUUUAAUCAAUUAAAUACCGUUUUUUUCCCCCUCUUCAAAAUAUGGGUUUCCUUGUUUUUCCUAGAAUGUGUAAUAUUUUCGUUAAAUCUCUGCUUGUAGAGAACAGUUACAUUGGAAUGUCAUGAGUUGUGUUGACAUUGUAGGGAUUGGAUGGAGAAAUGAACAUCAGAUGAAGUGGGAUUAAGUACAAUUGUAUUUUUAUUGUCAGGUCUUUGAAAAAACAGUACGGCUUUUUGACAUUUCUUUCCGGGGUGUCUCCUUGUUUAACGGUGUGUUUGUGUAUGCUAGUGUGGGAGAGAUUGAGAGACUUGUACUUUGAUUGGGAGGAAUUUUUAGAGGUAAAGUAUACAUUUUUAAAGA